GGACUAUGUAAGACCAAGGACCUCGUGUAUGACUUAAGAGCCCGUGUCCGCACAGCCACGCUCUCGCCGACUGGGGAUUUUCGUCACGCUAGAAUGCUGGUGUUUUUCUUGCUUUUGGUCAGCAUUGUGCCAAACUUCACGGACUCCACCGCACUACACCAAGGCUUUGAUCCUGGAAUAAAUGUUCGCAAUCUGGUAAAACGAAGCUCCAGAUCACUUGGUAAUGAAUACUUCACCAAACGCUUGCCUCGGUCUAUCAAGCCCCUCCACUACACCAUCAAACUUCAGCCCUUCAUCAACGGCAACUUCAGCAUCUUCGGCUACGUGGAGGUGGAGAUGGAGGUCCUGGAACCGACGUCUAACAUCACACUCCACAUGGCCGACAUCAUCACUAAAAAUGACACUUUCAAGACAGAUAAACACACAAACACACACGUGGAGAUGGAGGUUCUGGAACCGAACUCCGACAUCACACUCCACAUAGCCAACAUCAUCACGAAGACUGAACCGAUCAAGGUUUCGGCUCUUGGGAAGAGAGGGGGUCAGAGCGUGAGGAUCAAGAAAGCUCGGUAUGACAACAAGGCUCAGUUCCUCAUCCUGCACCUGGAGGAGACGCUGGAGAGAGGGGAGAACUACGCCUUGGCCAUGGAGUUCGUCGGGUAUCUGAACGAGUACCUGAAUGGCUUUUACAGAGCGGACUACGUGGAUUACGACGGCAGUAUCAAGUUCAUGGCCGCCACGCUGUUUCAGCCCACGCACGCCCGCCGCGCCUUCCCGUGCUUCGACGAGCCGGCCCUGAAAGCGACCUUCGAGGUCCACCUGGCGAGGGAGACCUGGAUGACGUCACUCUCCAACAUGGCCCUCGCCGAGACACGACCUGUAGGAGGUCAGGAGGGCUGGGUGUGGGACCGCUUCGAGAGGAGCGUCCCCAUGUCCACCUACCUCGUCAUCUUCAUCGUGUCGGAAUUCACUUACAUCAACGUCACUGGCAGUGGUAACGUGCCUUUCAGAAUCUUAUACAUGCUAUCGAUGAAGCAGAAUCAGUGGCUGAUUACAGUUUCCUCCGCGGCAGUGUUUGCGCACCAGGCUCGCACGGACCAGCUGAGUUACGCAAGCGAGGUCGCCCCCAAGAUUCUGCGUUACUUUGAGGACUACUUCGGCUCCCCUUACAUGCUACCGAAGCUAGACAUCUUUGCUUUGCCCCAGAGUAUUGUGCCGGGCAUGGAGAACUGGGGCCUCAUCACCUUCGGAGAAUCCUAUCUGUUCUACGACCCCGACGCGACUUUGCCACAGAACCUGGAAUUCACGGGGAGUCUAAUAGGCCACGAAUUGGCUCAUAAUUGGUUCGGAAAUCUGGUGACGCCCGCCUGGUGGGAUGACCUGUGGCUCAACGAAGGCUUUGCCACAUUCAUGGGACACGUUGGCUUGGAUCGGGUGAAGCCAGAUUGGAAAAUCAUGGAAACCUUCGUGGGCGGAACCCUCCAGAGGUCCUUCCUUGUGGACAGUCUGGAGAUGUCUCACAAGAUCAGCAUUUCCAUAGCCGAGGUCACGGACGUCAUGCAAAUCUUCGACGCCAUAACAUACUAUAAAGGAGCCUCUGUUGUCCGGAUGCUGCUACAUUGCCUCGGGGAGGAAACCUUCAGAAGAGGACUGAACAACUACUUAAAAGCCUUCAAGUACAGCAAUGCAGUUCAAGAUGAUCUCUGGGAAUACCUGACGGUCGCCGCCCACCAGGACAAAGCUCUGGCAAAGGACCUCUCUGUCAAGAUGAUCAUGGACACGUGGACGCUGCAGAAGGGCUUCCCCGUCAUCGAGGUGAUGCGGAACGCUGAGGGCGCCAUUCUCACUCAGAAAAGAUUUCGGUCUGAAAAAAACAUCCUCAGAGAUUCACACGACUACAGGUGGAUGGUUCCCCUGACGUACACGACUCAGGGCGAGGCCAACUUCACCCAGACUCAGGCCAUGGUGUGGAUGAAGGACUGCGAGGGGCGUAUAAACCUCACCUCUCUUCCCCCGAAAGACGAGUGGGUUAUCUUCAACCUGCAGGAGACGGGCUACUACAGAGUCAACUACGACAACCACAACUGGAACCUACUCAUCCAGCAGCUGAAGGACGACCACGAAGUCAUCCACGUCAUCAACCGAGCACAGAUCAUUGAUGAUGCCAAUGCUCUGGCAGAAGUAGGUCACCUCGACUACAAGAUCCCCAUGAAUAUACUUGCAUACUUGCGGAAGGAAAGCGACUACCUACCGUGGGCUGUGGCCAUUAACAUUUUCAGUUCCUUGAAGAGUUUGUUUAAUAACAGACAAGGAUAUGGCGCUCUUAAGGUACAGUUCUGA